CGCUCAAUGUUUUUUUGUAUUUACAGUAAAGUGCAUAACAUCUGAGAGACUGUACAGUCGCAUCUCUAAACGCCGAGUCUGUGUCUUUAAUGAAAGUGUAUCGACUGUAGAAUGAUGUCAGUCUGCGGCUAUGCGCACAGUUCAUAUAGCGUCCAUGUGAGCGUCAUUCACUUCCUGCACAAGGAUACAUUGGGGAGAGAGAGAGAGCAGCCAGAGAGAGAGAGCGCUGGGGGCGAGCAGGCAAGAUAGGAGAGCGAGCAAGCAAACGAGGUGAACUCGGGGCCUGCCUAUGCUACAGACGGAACCUGGAAACUUUACAUCGCAAGAAAUAAAGCUGUGCCCGCUACUGUCAGUAACCUUUUAUGGAGGAGCGACCAUAUCGGAUGUCCCUUUCUCUGGCCUUGUCAGUGGUGAUUCUCUGAAGCCUCUUCCUCCUCCUCCUCCUCCUCCUCCUCUUUCUCCACCACCAUGUCCCAGCUGCUCCACUUGGAGAUCCCCAACUUCGGCAGCACGGUGCUGGGCUCCCUCAAUGAGCAGCGCCUGCUCGGUCAGUACUGCGAUGUCUCCAUCCUGGUUAAAGGCCAGGCCUUCAAGGCCCACCGGGCUGUACUAGCCGCCAGCAGCCUCUACUUCCGAGACCUGUUUAGCAGCUCGUCCAAGAGCCAGUUUGAGCUGCCCUCGUCGGUGACUCCCGCCUGCUUCCAGCUGAUAUUAUCCUUCUGCUACACGGGAAAGCUGACCAUGGUAGCCAGUGAGCAGCUGGUGGUGAUGUACACCGCCGGGUAUCUUCAGAUCCAGCAUAUUGUGGAGCGGGGCAUGGACCUGAUGUUUAAGGCCAACUCGCCCCAUUGUGACUCUCAGACGGCAGCCAUGGAGGAGCAGCAACCAGGCUCAGAGCCCCAGAGCCCCAGUAACAACACACUGGCCGGGUCAGGGACGUCCAUCCUGGGGCCGCCGGGCUGGUCCCCCUCCCUGGUGCAGCCCACGCGGAGGAUAAAAAUGGAGGGGUGCGAUCCGUUGCCCAGCCUGAGUCACCAUAAGAAAGGGUCCUCUUCAUCUGAGCUGGGAGGGAGGCUCUCCAAGGGAAGCUCAUUGUUCUACACGGGGGCCGGGGGAACCACCAUCUUCCCCGGGAUGCAGCCCUAUCCAGUGGCAGGGGGAGAGAGGUCCAGUCCUGGGGCCUCCAGCCUGCCUGCCACGGACAGCCCAACCUCCUACCAGAAUGAGGAUGAGGAGUUUGAGGAAGAGCCGUAUGACGGGAUCACGGAAGAGGCCUACAGUCAGAUCUAUGGGCGCUCAGCCAACCCAUACGGAAUCCAGGAAAAGCCAGAGAUGGCAGCCAUGCCCCUGUCCCUGGAGAGCCGCUCCUGUGUGCUGAUCCGUAGGGACCUGGUGGCCUUGCCCGCCAGCCUCGUCAGCCAGAUCGGCUACCGCUGCCACCCCAAGCUCUACACCGAAGGAGACCCGGGGGAGAAACUGGAGCUGGUGGGAGGUACAUCUGUGUUUAUGACACGGGGCCAGCUAAUGAACUGUCACCUGUGUGCUGGCAUCAAACACAAAGUCCUACUGCGUCGCCUGCUCGCCACCUUCUUCGACAGGAACACCCUGGCUAACAGUUGUGGGACUGGCAUCCGCUCUUCCACCAGUGACCCCAGUAGGAAACCUCUGGACAGCCGCGUGCUCAACGCUGUCAAACUCUACUGUCAGAACUUUGCACCCAACUUCAAAGAGAGUGAGAUGAACGUGAUCGCCGCAGACAUGUGCACCAACGCGCGACGCGUUCGCAAACGCUGGCUGCCCAAGAUCAAGUCCAUGCUGCCUGAUGGUAUGGAGGUCUACCGGGCCGGUGUAGGAGUGGCUGCUGGUGUGGGCCUGGGCCUGGCCCUGGGAGCCGCCGGACCCGGGGUGGUGCUCCCCUUCGAAACCGAUUUUAAAUCCCUGACCCCCUCUAGCCUGUCCCUGGACCAGAGGCUGUACUCAGAGCAGAAGGACCCACGCAGGACUCACUCUCUGUUGGACACAGUCAGCCCAGGGUUGGGGGAGGCUGGAGGGGAGGGCGUGGACGCAGAAAUUGUCGGCCCCCAGGGAGGGGAGGAGGAACAGGAGGAAGAGGAGGAGGAGGAGGAGGCUGGGUUGGAGGGGGCCUUGAUGCCGGGAGGCGAGGCCGGGGGGCGGGGUGACAUGGUCCCAGGACAGGAAGGGAAGGAGUUAGGAGAGGACCUGCGAAUGAACGGGCAGUGAACAUCCUCUGGCGUCUAUCUCUGAUCCAUCCACCGCCACACUUUCUUUCACUCGCUCUUUCUCUCCUCUUCCACCCCUCCUCCUCCUCCGCCCUUUCCUAAGGUAACCUCUCAGUACAAAAAGCCAUGCUCUCAGAACUUACAGUACAACACACACACACACGGUGUAUUCUUUAGCAGGGCAGGGAGUACAAGAUGUGCUAUGUUGAACAGACACAAGCAUUGCCGGGGAACAAACCGAAUUACUUCGCGAGAAUAAAAAAAUCUCUAAUUUGAACAUGGAAGAACUUUACUUUAGACCUGAGACAUCAGGUAAUUUUCUCCGGACUAUUUUUAGUAUUCAUCCUCAAGACCACAUUGUAGUUAAAACUGAAAAAAGUAACACUGCUGCGUUAUCCUUCCUGCAUAGUUGUAGAACUUGCUACACAACAGUAACAGUUACUGUACAUCUAUGGAGUGUGGGUCAGAUAAGACUGUAAAAUGAUAGUCCUCUUUCUAGGAAAGCAGCAUGGGUUCUAUAAAUAACCUAAGUAACCUUGAAACAGAUCACACUACACUGGGGGUGUGAGAGACUAAACAUACAGUACUCUACAGGAGCAACAUGGCUCAGUGUAUUUGAUACAAUUUACCAUAUUCCUUCUUAAAGUGCCACACAAAUUCUUGGAAGAUAUAAUACGAUCUCGUCGCAACAUACAGCAAAUCAGUUGAACAAUUUCACGAGAGAGAGAGAGAGAGAGAGAGAGAGAGAGAGAGAGAGAGAGAGAGAGA